AUGUCGACGACAACUUUUCCAGUGAACAACUCAUUACCAGCAAAGCCCCUCCCGAGAGGCCCAAAACGAGCAAGGACAGAACCUGAUGAGUCUGACGAAGGAUCGUAUGGAAGGCACAGACAUCGUGUGACAAGGGCCUGCAAUGAGUGCCGUAGGCGCAAAGACCGUUGUGGCGGUCAAAGGCCUACCUGUAUGUCCUGUACCGAAAACGAUCGUGUUUGCAGUUAUGGUCCAGCAAAGAAACGUGGUCUCCGUCCUGGUUACGUGAGAGCCAUCGAAGCCUUGCUGGGGCUAAUGAUCACCACUAUCGAAGGAAGUGAAUCCUGGAUAUGCGGGCUACUACAGGGGAAUGCAGAACAAAUCUCACUCCGGCCGGCGUCGCUAGAACUACAGGAGUCUGAUAUAUCUGUUGAUUUCUUACUUGAAACAUGGCGCAAAUGCAAUUUGGCCAAAAAGGCAGGAGAGCUCCUUGCACCAGAGAGUCUUGAGAUGGAUGAAGAUGGCACCGACUCAACUCGAUAUUUCGAUACGAAAGUAGUCGAAGCUCUUGCUCUAUCUCAAUCGUCAAGGGAUGGUGAUACGACUGCCCUCUUGACACCGAUGAACACAGACACAACACCACAUGAAGUUACAACCAUUGACUCGCCUCAUACGCUCUCAGUACCAACAUCCAACCACUCUGUAGAGGCAGUAUCACAGGUGUCAACUAUCUGCCAACAAAACGAUCCUGCACCAAGUUGUACCGGAUCAUCUCUGCCACCUAUCCCUCAACUCCCUACGAAUUGGCCACACCUUAUGGACGUCUACUUCGAAACUACACAUAGCUGGUUGCCCAUUUCACAGAAACAUGAGCUUCUACGUACAGCAUACACAGUAUCAAACAACCCAUCGACAUCUACCAAUGCACCGUCUUCGGGAGAAAUGGCCUUCUUACAUGCUGUACUCAUGUAUGCGUCUCAUCAAGCCAGUACAAUACAAACCUUACCAAAGCCAUCACUCGACGAUAACUAUGGCGAUGCAUCGCCGCAGGCUUUAACCCGGUCUUCUUUGUUUUCCAAUCCCGUCACUUACGAUCUGGGCCAUAUCAGAGCGUUCCUAGUACUAUCGUUGCUUGACAUGGAUCGGGACUGCUGGGAUAAGGCCUGGAUCUCAAUCGGUCGCGCAGUGUAUACAGCAAUCUCACUCGGAUUUAUAUCACGAAACUCAACAGAAGGACAACCCGUAUACAAUGACGACAUCAAAAGGACCCUCUCUGGAUGUGUGACACUGGAAACAAUUAUUGCAUCACGACUCAGCACGGCAACAUGUUUGCAAUCUUCGGACGUCUCGCUUGAAAGCCUUCUCAUCACUGAUGGCAUAGAAGAAUGGGAGCCAUGGCAGCCUAGGAUUCUGGUAGACACGAGAUCUAAUGCAACUCGACAGGUCUCAAAUCCUCAUAUGCCUGGACAUGUGAUAAGCACUUUUAAUAGAUUGCUCCAGGUCAUAGCUCAUCUGAAUGAUUUGGUUAAUAAGAAAAAGCAGCCCAUAUCAGAUGAAGCCCUAUACGGCAUUAUGAUUGCGUGUCAACAAAAUCUCCUCGAGGACCCUACAACCGCUGCUGAUAUACCCCCUCAAAAACUCGGCAUUUGGAUGGCAUCUGUUGCGACACUGGAAAUUGCAGCAGCAGAACGACUAGCCUCACACGGCACACACUCGCGGCGUCCAGAUGGUUACUGGCAGAGCAUUUCAUCUUUAGUACAGCUGAUAGAGACCCGAGCUCACUUUUUGGGGCGUUGCUCUGUAUCUCCGGUGGUCCAAAGUUGUUUAGAACUUUUGAAUAAGGCCACCGCCCGUCAUCAGCUACAGUAUGCCGACGCUGCCUUUCGAGAUGAGUUUGACCUCCUUCAUCGGACUAUCGCUGCAUCCAUGGGAUCAUUACAAGCCGUCUCAAAUAGAGAGCUACAAACGGACGUCACCUCGAUUACUCCAACAACUAAUAUUGUAGAGCCAAUAGCUCAUGCAUUUGCAAAUGAGUCCACGCCACUGCGAGCAGAUACAAUAUCGGAUAUAUCGGCUGUAGCCAUGAGCCUGGGUACACAAUUAGAGAUGAUACAUUCUACAAUAGCAGAUGGAAAUGUCACGACGACCUUCUUACCCCAGUCGCUAGACGUGGAAGAGAACGCGAGUUUUGAAACAACCAGAUCUCCUUUAGAGGAAGAUCUGGAAGACGACGGCCUAUUUGAUAGCCUUGCGACAUUAGACUCGACCGACUGGCUGGCUAACCCUCCUGAGUUUAUGCAACAUCUUGGUCUGCUUGAUAACCCUUCGAAAACCAUGGAGAAUAUUUUUGAUAUGGAGUUCUAA